UAACAAGUUGGCAUCUGAACUCUUGGUGUGGACUCAAUCUGGAGCAAAGACUUCUUUUCCCACUGUGGCAUUGAACUGGAAGAUUUGGAUGUGGUUUGCUGUCAGUAGUUGGUGUAAUUAGAGACAGGUUAUUAGAGGGCAGAAAAUAAGUGGUGGCAUCUGAUACCCCAUUAACAAGGGACAAUGGAGCAGGAUUUUAGUGCUCCAAGAUGGGUUUAAGAAGUUUGUUCAUGGGGAAAAGAACAGAAGGAGCUUGCUGGAGAAGGCCUGAAAACAGGAGAAGCUGGUGCCUGGUCAGGAGACUUCUGCCCCUCAUCUCCAUGUUGGAACCAAUAAAUGAGGGGCUGCUGGCCAGACUCUCGGAUCUCUUGCUGUGCCGGUGGACUUGUAGGAAUUGUUGUCAGAAGUGCUUCGAAUGUAGCUGUUGUCAAACAAAUGAAGAUGAAGUUGAAAUCCUGGGACCUUUUCCUGCUCAGACUCCAGCCUGGCUGAUAAGCAGCCAAAAUGAGGACAAAGAUGGAGACUCGGCUAAUACAAUCAGCGAGCUGCCUCCCACUCUUCAGGAUGCUUCCCCUGACAGGAGGAGGUCAUCCUCAGAUGCAUCACGGUCCACUUACAGCCUCACCAGGCGCAUUUCAAGUUUCGAGUCAAGGAGGCCAAGCUCUCCCUUAAUUGACAUUAAACCUAUCGAGUUUGGAGUCAUAGGAGCUAAGAAAGAAAUAGUCCAGCCAACUGUCCUGCGGAAGAGCUACACCCCGGAUGACUACUUCAGGAAAUUUGAGCCGAGGCUGUACUCCCUGGACUCCAACAGCGACGAUAUGGACUCCCUGACAGACGAGGAGAUCCUAUCCAAGUACCAGCUGGGCAUGCUGCAUUUCAGCACGCAGUACGACCUGCUGCACAACUACCUGAUCGUGAGAGUCAUUGAGGCCAGAGAUCUGCCUCCUCCCAUUUCUUACGAUGGGUCGAGGCAAGACAUGGCUCACUCCAACCCCUACGUGAAGAUCUGCCUCCUUCCCGACCAGAAGAACUCCAAGCAGACCGGAGUGAAGCGCAAAACGCAGAGCCCUGUGUUUGAGGAGAGGUACACAUUUGAAAUCCCCUUUUUAGAAGCCCAGAGAAGAACUCUGCUUUUAACCGUAGUGGACUUUGACAAAUUCUCUCGUCACUGUGUCAUUGGCAAGGUGUCCCUGCCCUUGAGCGAUGUAGACCUCGUGAAAGGCGGACACUGGUGGAAAGCCCUUGUGCCUAGCUCUCAGAAUGAAGUGGAGCUGGGAGAGCUGCUCUUGUCACUAAACUACCUACCCAGUGCAGGAAGACUGAACGUGGACAUCAUCAGAGCAAAGCAGCUUCUUCAGACAGACAUGAGCCAAGGUUCAGAUCCUUUUGUGAAGAUCCAGCUUGUUCAUGGAUUAAAACUAACAAAAACCAAGAAGACCUCCUGCAUGCGCAGGACGAUAGAUCCCUUCUACAACGAGUCCUUCAGCUUCAAGGUUCCCCAGGAAGAGCUGGAGAACGCCAGCCUGGUCUUCACAGUGUAUGGGCACAACGUGAAGAGCAGCAACGACUUCAUUGGGAGGAUUGUGAUCGGGCAGUACUCGACAGGCGCCCCCGAGUCCAACCACUGGCGCCGGAUGCUCAACGCGCACCGGACGGCUGUGGAGCAGUGGCACAGCCUGCGCUCCCGGGAGGAGUGUGACCGUGUCUCUCCUGCGUCCCUGGAGGUGACAUGAGGUGGAGGACCAACAGCAGCCAAGCAGGCAAAUGAGGAGAAAAAGCCCCACUGACCAGAACACCCCAACUCACACCCUCCACGCACCCCACGACAGCUCUGCUGGUUUGAAGCAGCUGCCGGAACGCCACUGGCCAUGCUGACCUCUGUGAGCCAUGUCCCACUGGGCUCUGACCGUUCACCAGUGGCCCGGCUGGCUGGACCCUUUGCUGCUCACACCCAGCGCCGCUCAGCUGUUUGCAUCCUGCCUGGCAGAGCGUGUGGCCGAGUGGUGUGGGCUGCACGUGGGGGUGCCAUGGGAAGUUCUGAGUGGGUGGAGGAGUUUGGAGUUGCCUCCGCUGUCCCUGCCGCCCAAAUCCAUGGCUCAUCGUCUCGGAGAUAUAAGUACCUGUGUGCUCUCAUUGGUGAACGUGGUGUUUAGGCUAGAAUCUCUUUCCAAAUGGUAGAAUCUGUGGUGCAGUCGAUCCUGGCUCCGGUCUUGUCCUUGUCCUAGUUUGAGCAGAGCUAAGCCGCUCUUAGUCCGUGCGUGUGUGCCGGGGCGCGCGCGGCCCCGCGUCUGACUGCUGCGACCUGCUGCUCCCUAGCAGUCUGUGUGUGUCCACUAGCCCCACUCAUGAUAUAGCAGAGCAAACCUUUCCAGUGCCAUUUGUGCCAGGCAAGCCAGCUUGUGUCUCUUCAAACCUGUGCUGUGCAAGAGAAACCAGCCCUGGGGUCUUGUGCGGUUAAGACGGCCCAAACCACAGGAUUUUAACUCCCUCUCAGACUGCAGUGGCUCUUUCUGUGUUGUGUGUUAAGCCAGGUAGUCCUCCAGGCCACCAAGUGAGCUUAGCUAUGGUCGAGCUGUCCUGCUGGCUGCUUCUGUCCGUCUGACGUUUUUCACGGCCUGUUGUCUGGUAUGAUGCAGUCUGCAUAUUUAUUGACAAUAAAAGUCUAACUGUGGCACCGA